AUGUCACCAUUUCACCAAUUGCGCCCAGUUGAUGGCCAAGGGAAUAUCUAUCCUUUUGAGAUGUUAAAAGGUAAGGUUGUCCUCAUUGUAAACACAGCCUCAAACUGUGGUUUUACACCUCAAUAUAUCGAAUUAGAAAACAUGUAUCAGAAAUAUAAGAACGAGGGUUUCGAAAUAUUAGGUUUCCCCUGUAAUCAAUUUGGUCAUCAAGAGCCGGGCAGCGAUGCCGAAAUUCAGAAAUUUUGUUCCUCUAAGUACAAGGUUACUUUCCCAAUAAUGAAGAAGAUUGACGUCAAUGGUCCAUAUGAAGACCCUGUCUUCAAGUAUAUCAAAGAACAAAAGCCAGGAAUGCUAGGUCUGAAGGGUAUAAAGUGGAAUUUUGAGAAGUUUCUAAUAGAUCGACAAGGUAAUGUUGUUUUAAGAGCUUCAUCAUUAACUAAGCCAUCAACUUUGAAUGAAACAAUAGAAAAGCUUUUAAAGAACUGA